GUCACCUUUGGCUGUUCCGGGACGCGGGGACAAACGACGGGCUCCUUGUCAACCAGCAGGAGCUGUUCAUAGCAGCUCCCAACGUGAAUACAGCAGACAUCACGCUGCCAGUGUUCACCCUGAAGGAGAGAUGUCUCCAAGUUGUUCGCAGUCUGGUCAAACCGAUGGACUACAGGAAACUGGACAUUGUUCGAUCGUUAUAUGAAGAGCUGGAAGAUCAUCCUGAUAUUGGGAAGGAUCUUCAGCGGCUUUCUCUGGAGAGAAGUGAAACGUUGAGGAACGGAAUUCUGGAAUAA